GCUUUAUCUCAUAUUCUCUUCUACUCAUUUUUGAUCCAAGAAAAAAAAACUCAUAUCUAUGAAACUACUAAAUAUUUUCUUGAUUCUUGUUCUUAUAAUGUCUCUACUCCUUUCUGUUGCUUCAUUACCCCUCGAACAAGAACAACAAGAAAAUCAAGAUCAUGAUCAUGAUCAUGAUCAAGAUCAAGUUCAAGAUCAAGAUCAAGAAGAAGAUAUCAACAAUGACUUGGCCGAACAAUCUUCCGAUGAGGAAUUUAGUUCUGAACGUAUUUUUGGUCGCAUUCUUACUCAAAAGAAAAUUAAGAAAACUCGUCGUAUGAGAUGCAACAAGUUCCCUAGGGUUUGCCAUGCAAAGGGAAGCCCAGGGCCUCAUUGCUGCAAGAAGAAGUGCGUAAAUGUGUUGAAUGAUCGCAUGAAUUGUGGAGCAUGUGGGAAGAAGUGCAAAUACAAUCAGAGUUGCUGUAAUGGAAAAUGUGUUAAUCCAUUUUUCAGCAGGAAUCAUUGCGGAGGCUGCAAUAAUAGGUGUAACAAAGGACAAUUUUGUGCUUUUGGACUUUGCAAUUAUGCUUAGUUAGAGUUAUAUUGUGCUGAUGCUGAAUAUCUAAUUCUUUAUUAUAUAAUGAGAUACAAAUUCUUUUGUAUGCAGUUGAAGCAUAUAGAUAUA